AUGGAGUUCGUAAGGAAAAGCGCUGCCGGUCAGCCCAGGCACCAGUUUCCAAGUCUCGUGCGCAGGCGCAGUUGCGCCCGGCGGCCUGGCGGCGGUGGUGAAAAAUGUCCCCAGGCUAAGUAUCCUGCUUGUCUCCGGUGCGGUGCGCCGGUUGGCGUCCGGGUCGCGGCGGGCCCAGGAGCCUUCUCUAGGAGGGGCAGCAGGGAGGGAGAAAUGGCCACAGGGUUGCUCCCAGCCCAAGCUCAGGAGUCUGUGACAUUCAGGGACGUGGCUGUGUUCUUCAGCCAGGACGAGUGGCUGCGCCUGGACUCCGCACAGAGAACCCUGUACCGGGAGGUGAUGCUGGAGAACUACGGCACCCUUGUCUCGCUGGGAAUCCUAUUUUCCAAACCAAAGGUCAUCUUCCAGUUGCAGCAAGGGGAAGACCCCUGGAUGGUGGAAAAUGGAGUUUCUCAAGGUGAGUUUUUGGGAUGGGAACGCUUAUUUGAAACUACAGUUUCUGAAGAAGAAAAUCAGGAAGUAAUGAAUAAACUCCUAGGGGACAGUCCUUUUGACUUCAAGUUGGGGAAAGCCUACAUAAAUGAGGACAAGCUAAAGAAGCAACAAGGCAAAAAGAACAAACCUUUCAGGAAAGUCUUAAUCACCAUCAAAAACACCUACAUGAGGGAGAGGAGCUUUGCGAGUAUUGAGCUUGGGAAAAAUCUCAGUCUGAAAUCACCCCUUAUUAGAAAACCCAGACUUGUUUCCAGAGGAAGGAAACCCCAUUCCCAGCAGUAUUCAGUUCUGUUUAAACAAUUGGGAGUCAAUACGGUGCGCAGAUGUUACAAAUGUAACAUCUGUGGGAAAAUCUUCCUCCACAGUUCUUCCCUGAGUAAACACCAGAGAAUCCAUACUGGAGAGAAGCUCUACAAAUGCAAGGAAUGUCGGAAAGCUUUCAGCCAAAGCUCUUCUCUCACUCAGCACCUGAGAGUUCACACAGGAGAGAAACCUUACAUCUGUGGCGAAUGUGGGAAAGCCUUCAGUUUCACCACAUCUCUCAUUGGACAUCAGAGGAUGCAUACUGGAGAGAGACCCUAUAAAUGUAACGAGUGUGGCAAAACAUUUAAAGGAAGCUCAUCCCUGAAUAAUCACCAACGAAUUCAUACUGGAGAAAAGCCCUAUAAAUGUAACGAGUGUGGGAGAGCCUUUAGCCAGUGCUCAUCUCUUAUUCAGCAUCACAGGAUUCAUACUGGAGAGAAACCCUAUGAAUGUAGUCAGUGUGGGAAAGCCUUUACUUCAAUAUCGCGGCUAAGUAGACACCAUAGAAUUCAUACUGGAGAGAAACCCUUUAAUUGUAAUGAGUGUGGGAAAGUAUUCAGUUACCACUCAGCCCUUAUCAUACAUCAGAGAAUUCACACUGGGGAGAAACCUUAUGCAUGUAAAGAAUGUGGGAAAGCCUUUAGCCAAAGCUCUGCUCUGAUACAGCAUCAAAGAAUUCAUACAGGAGAAAAACCCUAUAAAUGCAAUGAAUGUGGGAAGGCCUUCUCCUGGAUUUCCCGGCUUAAUAUACACAACAGAAUCCAUACUGGAGAGAAACCGUAUAACUGUAAAGAAUGUGGAAAAGCCUUCAGUUCCCACUCAGCAGUUAAUACUCAUCGGAAAAUUCACACUGGAGAGAAACCUUAUAAGUGUAAUGACUGUGAAAAAGCUUUCAACCAAAGCUCAGCUCUCAUUCAGCACCAGAGAAUUCACACUGGAGAGAAACCCUUUAACUGUAAAGUAUGUGGGAAAGCCUUCCGACAAAGUUCAUCCCUUAUGACACAUAUGAGGAUUCAUACAGGAGAAAAGCCUUAUAAAUGUAAAGAAUGUGGGAAGGCUUUUAGUCAGAGCUCAUCCCUUACCAAUCAUCAGAGGACUCACACUGGAGAAAAACUAUAAAUAAAACACAUGUGGAAAGUCUUCCAACUGAAGUUCAUUUUGUACUCAAUUUCAAAAAACUCGUCCUGGGCAGAAAGUGAUGAAGAGUAGUUAAUUGUGAGUUAAACUUCAGAAUGUAGACCUCCUCAGACAUCAGAGACUUCAUGAUGCAGGUAACGUUAAGUGUAUUAGGAAAGCUACUAUGAAAUGUUUUCAUAGUUUUUAAGUUAUCAUGGCUAUAAGAUAGAGAAUGUGUAAGAUUCUUCUAUCUUGUUCCUGGUGACAUGCGAUAAGAGCCCCCAGCUUUCACAAGCAUUACUGGGAAGCCUGUUGAUUUAUGUAAAAGUGCAGCCAUAAAAUCCAGACUUUAGAUUAAUCUAGGAAUCUAUUUUUUGAAAUGACAUUUGAGUGUUAUGCAAGCCAGUUAUACUAAGAAGAAUGUUUUGGAGAAGAAAUAUAAGCAGGUGACCUGUAGCUACCUCACUGUCGCUAAAAUAUGUUCUUUAAUAGUUUAAAGGCAAAACGUGUACUUGGUGGUUGUGAAAACUUUUUGGGUUAUUUCUUCUUUGCUUUCCAAGCCAUUUACCUGAAAAGAAAAUCACUCUGUAAACUCUGCAGGCACAUGGUCCUGUGUUUUCUCCCCAACAACUUGUUCCCAGCUCUGAAGCAGAUCUAAAGCCACUUUAUUUUAAAUCACAGAAUGCAUGGUAUUUCACUUGGUUUUAUCACAAAGUGAUUACCUUUGCUGCGUGAGGUUGAGAAUUAAAGGUUAUUCAGACAACUA